CACCGCUGCGAUGUCUAUGUCGUAGAUAAAUGGGCUAGAUGCCACACGCCGUUAGCCUGCAGGUUGCAAAGGUUGAAAGUUUGAUUUCACAUUAUUUGCCGUUCUUCUUCCUUCUCCUCCUUCUUCUUCCUCUUUGGGGCUUUGUUUCUCCUCUGCUCGGAUACUGCGCUGACUUAAGCAUUGGAUAUGUGCACACAGGAUGAUGACAACCCCUUUCCUCCCCGUAGAAGUAAAAUAAAAUAGGCUUUCGCACACACUGGAUUUACUCCUGUCGUUCCAUAUGAAGAAGCCAAAAAUUUGGAUACGCGCCUGUGUCCAUAUACUGCUGUUCAUCACGCUUGGGGUACAUUCAAGUAAAUUUGAUGUCAACCCAGUGACAGAUGACAUCUCUAGACUCUCUGUUUUGAGACAAAAUAUUCCUAAAGAUUACAAAAUUCCUGUACACUACGUUCCAAAAGAAGAGGGAGGGAUGUGUUGGGUAAAAUUAAACGUCUUCUACUUGGAAGAGAGUUUGAAAGGUUUAGCGCAUAAGUUUGGAAACAUUUCAUCCAACAGAAAAGAUAUUAGCAUAUUCAUCCAAAUGUUCCAGGAACUGCGGCUCAACAUGGGGUCUGUGGAGCCGAUCAUGUAUGAUUUUGAGUGCCACUACAGGGAAGAGAGGUGGCAGACCGUGCGGUACUUUGACUUCGUCAAAGACUUCCUUAUAGCUGCACAGAAUAAAGAAGAUUCAGAUGACUGUGAUCCUUCUCCUUGUCCCACAACACCAUACACAGCAACAACAGAAGGAUAUUUAACUGUAUCACCACCGUCCAGCAGUGAAGAAACAAAAUGUGAAACAACAAGCUGCAAAUCACAUACUGGAACCCUGACUGAUGUGGUGGAGCGAAGCCUUCUCUCCUUACUGUUCAUUCCACUCCUAGCUCUGAUAUUCCUGCUUGUGUGGAAGGUCCGAUCAUGUAGGAACGAGGAGGAUCUGCAACAGAAUCCUGCAGAAGGUGGACUCUUCACGGGAACAGAAGUGACUGCACCUCCACUAGAUGCUGAAAUAUCAGAAAAAAACAUGUUGAACGUCAUCGAAAUAGUGUAAUAACGCUGCUACCCUUUGAUGUCCUUCAGCGUUAAUUGGGCUCUACUCUUUUCCCCCUGUUGGUGUCCAGAGGGUGAUGAGGAAAAACACAAAAGAAAAACAAUGAAGCUGAAUUCCAUAGCGCGAACGCAGAAGGUAAACGGCUUGUUUUCGACUGCUCUCCAGAUUAACGGUCACAGUUGCCGUGACCAAGAUUCAUCUGGAGGAACCACGCCUGCUACCAUAUGGAUAAGCUUGCCUUUCUUGUAAGACUGCAUUAACCCCGUGCUUCUGACAAAGACUAAGAUUUAAGCAGAGCGUAACCCCCCCGCCCCCCCACCCCACUCCCCAACUGGACUCUCUCUGGCUCCUGAGAAUCGUCCACCAGAACCUGCUGCUCCAUGAACUCUUUGGGGGAGGACCCCCACCCACACACUCCUUCAGCACCUUGCAACAGUCGGGCUGUGGUUCAUCUCCAAACCAGCGGUGCAGAGAGUGACUGACACUGGUUAUCUCCUGUAUGAACUGAGGCAUGAAUUGCUACCUCCAGUGACCCAGGUCUUUAACAGCUCUGCGCUUUCCUCUCAGUCCGGGGUUUCCCCUCAAGAAUAUAAUGUUAAACAUUGUAGUUCCAACUUGCAUUCACGUCGUCUGGUUUAGGCAUGUACCCACGGGGGUGUAUGAUGUAUUUAUUUAUUGGUUGCAGCACUGAGCUGCUGCUGUUGAUUACAACUGAGAUGUGUCAAGCAAUCAUUUAAGAGCACCUCUACUAAUGGGUCACAUUUAAGGAACAAUCUUUAUACUAACGCAUCGUAUUCCCCACCCCCCCUCCCCCCCCAAAAAAGCCCCCCACAUUCCUGAACAAGUUACAUUUCCUCGUACGAUGUUGUUGCUGUUAUAUAUGGUAUAUAUGACUCGGGUGAUUUAGGUCGUGUGAAUGGAUAAUAUGGAGAACCAAACGCAUAUAUACGAAAAUAUGCUGCUUUGACUAACUUACAUUUAGACCAUUAAAAUCUGCAAUGACAUUCUGCUAACGAGUAUCAGGGAUGACUUCUGUGGAUCCAGGAUUUGUUUUUCAUUCUUUUCAGAAAGCAUGUAAGACAACGACGGGCCUCCCAUAGUUAAUGAUACCUCUAUAAUGCCUUUAUUUUAUUGAAUUAUCUCACCUUUUAUGCUUGCAAAGCAAAAAACUGUUACAGAGAUGUUUGAUGGCCAUUCAUCGAUGAAAGAAAAAGAAACUCAAUCGAAAAGAGUGAUGAGAGUGAUUAUACAAAUGCUAUAUAAUAUAACAUUUUUAAAACCUAUCAAUUCCUGACUGUUCGCUCCAUGACCAAAUAUACUCGCAAAUCCACCCCAUUAGCUUGGACUGUUCACUCGUCUGGUUUGAUCUGUUCUUACUACUUUUGCCUUUGUCCAGUAUCAGUGUUGUGCUUGCAUAAUAUGACACAUUACAGACAAUCUGACAAAGCUAGUUAGUGCAUUCAUCAAGAUUCAAAUGCUAAUGAAGUGCUGAAGGAUGAUACCACUGUUUGUGAAAUGUUACAGACAUGAACCUUAGUUGUUUUCACAAUCCACAAAGCUCGCCCACAUGGGAAUGCCGUGCAGACCUAAAUAUCAAUUUUGCCUUAAAGUUGCGCCAUAACACACUGUUAAAGGAGGUGCACUGUUUCUCUGCGGUGCACAGAGAUCCAAGGGCAGGAAAUAACUGACUGGUAGUCGAAUCCAAACCGUUGCCGUAAGGUUGUUCAAUCCACAAGUAUCUGGCGAUAAGAACUGAGACACCCUUCAGGCUCAUUCCGAUAUGAAGUCAAUGUGCCCCUCCCAGCCUCUGUUGCUUUAUGCACUCUCAGAUCUGAGGGUGCUCUCUGUCUCAGUGAUAACAGAUCUUAUCAGAGCUGUGAGGUGAAAGGCAACGGGUUCAAAGACAUUGAAACUAUGGCAAGCCGUUUAAACUUUUAUUAUCUAAGUUUGAGUCUCCGGAUUUAACAUGGCAGCUUUUAAAGGGAGACGAGCAAAGACAUUUUUGCACAUUUCAUGCACUUGUAAAAUUUGAGGUUUUGGGCUAUUUUUCUUCUUCUUUUAGAGUAGUAGAAAUAAAAAAAUAGAAAAUACACAUUUAGGUGUUUAUUUUAAAUCCACGCUGUGGAUUUAUCCUAAAUUCGCUUGAAGUUACAGUUAGAUAAUGGCUCAUUGUGAAUCUUGCAUACAUAACUUUAAAGUCAAUUUUCUAUAAAUUCGUUUUUUCUCCGAUUUUGAGCGACGCAUCUCCACUUCAGUAGCCCUUACAAUCACAUAACAUACCCUGAAUUGAGGGCAAUUAAAGUUGUCUUAAACUGGAAUUAUGACUUCUCAGAAUUAAAUUGUAGAUAUCUGAAUUACAUCUUGGCAAGGCAACUUUAUUUGUAUACACAUUAAAUACAACGAGGCAAUUCAAUGUGCUUCACAGGGUAAUACAAAUCAAAUCAAGUAAAUAAAAAGAUUUAAAAAACAGGACAUACUUCCAAAAUUCAGUUGCAGGUCUGCAACAAAGACAGGACUUACAUUCAGGAGAGCGCUGUUAAGAGUCCCCUACGAAACUAAAAUGAAAGUUAACAUGUCGCGUCCGUCAUUGUCACUCAUUAGCCGUUAGAGUUGUUCGUUCCUAGAUUUAACGAAGGGGUUUUGUUGCCUAACCCUAAACUUCCUGUGAAGACGAAAGUUAAUUAAAACAAAAAAAGAAAAAUGCAUGUACAUUGUUGUUUGAAGAUCAGUGUCACAGACCAAGCUGCGUUAUUUGAGGCAUUGGUGCGAGGAUGUGUUGGAAGUAGAGCUUUGACAAAGCAAAAUGACGUUGCAGAUAUCACCAAUGAACAUCCAGUCUAGCUAAUAAAUGUUCAAUCGGCUUGCCAUACCAAACGGGUUGACUCCCACAAAGCCAUGCCCAAAGUAAAGUAGGCCAACAAUGGCGUAUAAGUAUUAAGAUAUGGCGUGUGACGAUCAGUAAAGGGGUAGGAGUGUGUACAGGGCACGCUGGCUGUGACCUUUCCCAUCAGGCCGCUCUGCUGCGGGUAGAUGACCGCGACAAAGUGGCAGGACACAAACAUCUGUUUCUAGAUCUAGUUUAAAUAUUUCUAUCAUGUUUAUGGUCUUACAUUGUACCAUAUCCAUUUUUGGUUUUGUGCCUUGUUGAGUGUGAUUGACUCCGUGUGUUGAUGUAAAAGAAAAAGCCUCUGUUUCUGUGUGGUAGCAGAAAGUGGUGAGGUGAUUACAGGGCAGAUUAGAAUAAUCUCACUAAAAUACCCCAACAGAUAUGUUCCCCAAUCUCUCUCUCUCUCUCUCUCUCUUCUUUUUAAAACUCAUAACAGUUUAGUUGACUUGACCUGUGCCCAGUUCUGAUUUGGAUAUGUGAAAACUCUUAUCGGCAGAAUAAACUGCAGUGGUUGUGACAUUUCUUUCCAUUUUACCCUUUUUAACCUUUAGGAAACAGUUCAACUGCUUGUUUCAUGUGUAUUUGGGUCUUAGGAUGAGUAUUUUGUGCAAAAUUGAAUCUGUUUGAAAAGAAAAAGAUACAAAGUAUACCACAUUGGUUUUCAUAUAGUUCAGAGCAACAGUACCUUUCAGCAUCAAUAGCUGGGAUGUUUUUGAUGAGGUAAAGUAUUGUUUGUUGUUUUGAACUGCAAAAUGAUUUUAUUCAAUCAAAAAUGCAUUUUUGAGGAACACCCUAUUGGCGACAUUAACUGUGCCAUAUUCUCUAUGGCAGUUUAGAUUCUGUGGUAGAAAAAGUAUACCACAUUGGUGUUAAUAUAGUCCACAACGACACUUUUAGCAGGAAUCUCUGAAAUGAGUGGUGUGGUAACUUACUGUAAUUUAAAAGCUUUUAGACAAUUAUUUCUAUUCAAAAAUGCAUUUUUGAGCAAUAUUGGAACAUAUUAUCUAUCGCAAUCUAGACCUGAGACUUUCACUUCGUUCAGCUCUAGGUUUGGCUUUUCUACAUGGAGACUAUUACGCGUAGUCCCCAGUAUUCUGACAGAAACACAGGCUAGUCGAGCCACAACCAAACUAACUAACAAACAAAGGUAUACUCGGUCAAAAUUUGCUUUUUUUAUACAUAGUAUAUGAAUAUCAUGAGCUACAACAGGUCUAAGCUGUGAACAAAAAAACAAAAAACAAAAACGACAUGGUCUCCCAUUUUCCUGUCUAUGCGAGAGCCACAAACUGUCCGUAUGUCUGAUGCAUGGAAGCCAGAAUCCAAGCAAUUUCAUGCAUUAGUCGAGAGAAUGACUGCCCUUAAAUACUGUUCCUAUGUGGGUUGUUGUGUGGUCUGAGAGUGAGCAGAGCUACAUCCUGAACAGUGCUUUCGGGCUCAAGGGAUCUGAUCCGUCCCACUUCAGUUGGUGAAUCAAAUGGCUCUAGGCAGGAAAUACGUCUGGGUGACAAAAAGCAAAUGUAAUUAUUGCCCGGUUGGUAUUCUGGGUGAAAACUCUACUGUUUUCUGUAUUUUUGUAUAAAUGUAAAGAAACAUAUAUGAGAUAUGAAUAAAGUACACGUAUUCAACUGUUA